UACAAUUCUCUUCGUCGUUGCAAGUCUUCUGUCAAUAUUCUCUUCCUUUCUCGUGUUGUUUUUAUCACCACAUCCCGCCGGCUCGGGUUUUUGCCUUCCCGUUCAAGCAUCGGUCAUCUUGCUGGUCAAGACCUGUCUUCCAUCAUGUCCUACACCAAGUGCUGUUCUCCUAUUGUCAGCCCAUUCGCUCUCGCUUUCAAUUUCGGUCCUGUCGCCGAGCCAGUUGCCGAUCCCGACAUUGUACCCUUCCGUUUCCGCGAUCUGCCCAAGGAGCUUCGCUUCAUGAUCUACGAAUAUAGCCUGUCAUUCGACCCCGUCGACAACUACUGUGGAAGAUACGUAGAUUUGUUGUGCACAACAUCCAACACAAGAGAGCCUGCUCCCAAAGUCAAGUUGGCAUGUCCUUCGAUCUUGUUGGUUAGCAGAGAGGUCACCGAGGAAGCACUGCUCAUCCUCUAUCAAACCCCUCUCCACCUGUCUCAUGGCAUCUCAAGGGCCAAAUUCAAGGAUCUGAUUGCGCCUGCAUUGUUGCGCAAACUCCGCUAUGUCAACCUGUCUGAUACUGGUAUCCGCCACCUCAACCCUCCUCCCCAUGACACCUUCACUGGUCUUUGCUUUGUUGCUGCCCAGCUUGCAGCACUUCUCAGACCUGGCCAUUCCCUCAAGUCUUUGAGCAUCACCUACACAUCUCCGUACAUAGCUCUUCACCUGAAAGACUGUCUCAUGGACAAGGACAGGGCCUGUGGCAUCAAGAGUUGGACCCACAACAUGGUCAGGGGUCUCAAGGAGUUGCACAAUGUUCCGAAAGUCUCUCUCAACCUCGGUCUCCCUCAGGAGAUGAAGCAGGGGAUUCUUCAGUCCAUGACUGGCCCAGCUCAGGGGUUCUUUGCCCUUCCACUUUCUAUCCGUCAGAAGGUCUACAGCUAUGCUGCUGACCCCAAUGAAAGUGUUUUUGCAAUGAAGCAGGCUACCAAGGAUCUCGCAUUGUGAGUAGAGAUACAAACCACCUCCGUUGGGCACCUCGCUAAUAUAUCUCAGCAACCUGGAUCCGACCUUUCCAAUGAGAGACACUCCAACUGUCUUCUUGAUCAACAAGCAGAUCGAGGAAGAAGCUUCCGAGAUAGUCUACCGCAAGCCCCUUGUCAUCAAGCACCUAUACCCUAUGGUCAACGCCACAUUCGUCCAGCCAAACGACUUCUUUUCGCCAUACAUCUACAAGAAGAUUGAGCAUCUGGAACUACAUCUGACCGACUACCGCCACCUCACCAUGUUCCAAGCCAUCACCAGGAACCUUCAGCGUCGUCGCAACAAGACCAAGCUCAAGUCAUUGACCCUUCAUUUCGCCGAGCCUCGCAUCAAGCGUAUCAUCUUAGCCGACCCUCUCAGCUAUUACCCCGACAACCAAAUCUAUGCCUUUAUGCGCAGUCUCAACCACUUGCACGACAUCUGCGAAAAAGUCACCAU